CAGGAAAGGAAGCAGAAGUGCACAUGUUUCAGUAAAGCUAGUUUACUGUAAACAUUUGCCAAAAUAUGACAUGCAUGCCUCAUCUGGCCUUCAUAUCAGUGAGUUAAUUUGUUCCUGACCUCGUGGAUGGAUGAUGAUCCCCCAUCCUAACUAUGGAACUAGGGAACAAGACCCUGUGCAUUGUCUGCAAGGAAUCUGGUGGAAGGGACAUAACUGCUGUCACAGCUCCUAAGCUGCUUCACCAAGUAAAACUGUUUGAGGAAUCCGGACUGAUCACCAAUGAUGCGGAUAUCAAUCUUUCACAGAGACUGUCAGCUGUCAAUGCAGAAACUUUACAGGAUGGAUAUAAAAUCCACAAGAGUUGCUAUGAUCGCUAUAAUAACAGCCAUUUCAAUUGUGCGAAGGAUCGUAAACGGAAAAGAGAACUGGACCUUGCAGAUCACCAGACUAUUGGGGCAAACACACGAGCAAAGGCUGGGCCUAGUCUUGCGUUUGGAGCCGAACUUUGCUUCUAUUGUGAAGAGCCAGCCAUUGAGAACCCUCGGAAGAAGGACAAAUCAGAACCAUUGUUAGCUGCUGCGGGAAAAGAAAAGUCAGCAAAACAUGUGAAGGAUUUCACAGACAAUCUAGAGAUGAUGGCCAAAGUCCUGAAUGAUGGCAAAAUACUCAGAUUACUUGAAACUGAUGUUAGAUCACGGGAGUUAUUCUAUCACAGGAAGUGCCACUCAAGAUACCGUAACAGAUACAGUUCAGCGAGCUGCAGGAUAAAGCAAGAAAGAACUUCAUCACAGAACUCCCCAGACAUGAUCCAGUAUGCUGAAUAUAUCGCCAUGGAGGAAGUAGGGAACUUCAUUGAUGACAGCUCAGAAAAUGUUUUUGAUCUUCACAAACUCGAGAAUAUUUAUCUGCAGAAAGUUGAAGAUUUGGGCUUCGACCGGCCCAAAUCUCACUCUACACGAUUUGCUGAGAAACUCUCGAACAGCUGUCUGGACAUAAAUGUAGUGCAGAAAGAGACAGGGGCACAUUACAGGGUUAUUAAGAAGGGUAGUUUGGACAAUGUAAAACAGCCUGCUACAACUCCCUUGUCCCCCUGUCAUUGAAUGGGGUUGGACUACCGAAGGAGAGGAACUCUUCGUCAAGUGGAGCACAGUUUCCACAAGAGAUACAUUGUCUCAAGUAACAGGGGUGUGUAGUUGCAGAUCUAAUAAGUGUACCUCAUGUUCUUGUGCUGGCAGAGGGAUGAAAUGUCUCAUUUAUUGCAAGUGCCUCAGCAAGUGUUUGAAUCCAGUCUGAUGGGAUG